UGAGUUUUGAUUCUGACUCGGCCAUCCUUUCCUCACCUAGGUCGCCAGCUAUAAAGCAUGGCUACGAAAUACACUGCUAGGGCAAGCGCCUCGACUUCUAGCCGUGGAAGAUUUUCCUCUGGAACAAACCGUAAUUCUAAAUUGCGGCCUACACAUUUCAUAUCCCUGCCCAUCGGACACCACGUGCAAUUGCAGGAAUCGGUGAAGUCAUUCACGGAUGGCUUGCUUAAUUGUAAGCCUGCGCUCCCUGGCGUUGAUCGCGGUAUUGUUAUCGCACCUCGUCGGCUUCAUCUGACACUAGGAGUGAUGACUCUUGAAAAUUCACCGGUUUCCUCGGGAAGAACUUUAGCGGAUGCACAGGCAUUGUUACGGACAUUGAGAGCUCGCGUCAUGGAGUUAUUGGACGGACACAGUCUCUGCAUCCCUCUAACGGAGAUGAACAUCAUGAACCCAGAUCGCGGUAAUGCAGACAACGCGCAUGUACUCUGGUUGGGCCCUUCACUGAAUACAGAAGACGCACAGCGCCUCAAAUCCGUUAGCGAAUUUGUGAACAAGGCAUUUAGUGACGCCGGGUUUAUUCAGGAUCGUCGUCCUCUCAAGUUGCAUUGCACAAUUCUAAACACUUCGCAUCGCAAACCAUAUCGACAGCCGUUCUCCUAUAACGCAAUCCUGACGUCUCCGUUUAUUCGCGAGUUUGUUCGUACACCACAUGAUUUUCGGGACUCCGUGAAAGUGGACUUUGGUACUUGGAACGUUGAUGAGAUACAGAUAUGCAAGAUGGGAAGUUACGGACCCGAGGGCGAAUACGUGAGUUGCGGGUGCUGUUCGUUGGCGUCAUAGGUUCGAUGUAUGACAUAUGGAGCCCAAAUUACGUUUUUACACUCACAGCCGAGGCUUGGAAGAGCCUAGACUGUGUCGCUGCGGUAUGAUAGAUACUUUAAGUACCUGUAAUGCUGUGGCUUGCGACGACGAAGGGCUACCUAGAAAAGAAGUUAGGUCUCACGCACAGGCCUACACACCUGUGGCGGCACAGCCCAUUGUGUGGCCAUUGAAAGAGCGAUUAAAAG